GGACUAAAUCUCCAUCUUUAUGCUUUGGAUGUCAAAUGGGAAAAAGUUGUAAUGAUGGGAAUCAAGACAACAACAUAUCUACUACGUCAUGUGAUCCGUUACACAGCCAAGGAGGUCCAGUCACGCGAGCUAGGGCUAAGAAGAUGCGUGAAGCUUUAAAUGGACUUAUUGAGCAGAUCUGGGUUGAAAACAACAUACAACAAGCAAAUCGAAGCUUGGAUGAUUAUCAAGGCAUGGUAAACAUCAUUCAGGUUCAAGAGAAGCUUAGUUGAGGUCAUUUGCAUGGAAUUACACAGUUUGCGUCAAAAUCACACAAUUCUGCCGCAACUUGUAGCAAACUGAUAUUUCGUGUUAUUUUAGGUUAUUUUUAGUGAUUGUCACGUUUUUUGUAUUAUUUUUGGGCUGAACAUUUGCUUAUUUGAAGCCCAAUUCGUGGUUAUUAGGUUUAGGCCUUAGGGUGUUAAUUUCCUAUUCUGAUUAGGAUUUGUUUUCUCUAUUUAAAGGGCUUGUAACCCUAAUGGGGGGAGCUAUUGAAUCUGAGUUUU